CUCAGUUUUGUUUCCUGUGCAGCCGUCAGUCGCUCUGCGCCACCAUCAACAUGGCCAUAUGCAGAAAAGACAGCUUCCUCUGGGGAAAAGCUCCACCGAAACACAUCCUACGAAAGACGAGGCAGGAUGACAGCUUAGAGAUCCACAAGUUUGAACUACUUGAUGACGUUCAGAAGCUGGAGAUGGAAAUCAGCCACGUCAGGCCUGCUGUCCACAACCCUGAGCCAAAGCACCAGAAUAAAAAUGCUGCAAAGAGCGGAAAAUUCCUUCGUGGGAAAAAGAAAUUUAACAUGGACCCAAAACUGGGUAUCCAUUACCUGGUUGAAAAUAACCUUCUUGAAUGGCAAGCAGGGUCAGUGGCAGAGUUUCUUUACAAAGAAGAGGGGCUGAAUAAGACCGCCAUCGGCAACUUCUUGGGAGAAAGGGAGGAGAUGCAUCUGGAGGUACUGAAAGCGUUUGUGGGUUUGCAUGAGUUCUCCGACCUGAAUCUUGUGCAGGCGUUGAGGCAGUUUCUGUGGAGCUUUCGUCUUCCAGGAGAAGCUCAGAAGAUUGACAGAAUGAUGGAGGCGUUUGCUACUCGCUACUGUGACUGUAACCCAGGGGUCUUCCAGUCCACAGACACCUGCUACAUCCUGUCUUUUGCCAUCAUUAUGCUCAACACAAGUCUCCAUAACCCCAACGUGAAAGACAAACCCAGCCUGCAGAGGUUUGUUUCCAUGAACAGAGGCAUCAACAAUGGGAAGGACCUGCCCACCGAGCUGCUCACGAAACUGUACGCAAGCAUCCGCAGUGAGCCGUUUAAAAUCCCAGAGGAUGAUGGGAAUGAUCUCACACUGACAUUUUUCAAUCCAGACAGAGAGGGCUGGCUCCUAAAAAUGGGUGGGCGGAUUAAAACCUGGAAAAGGAGGUGGUUCAUCUUGACGGACAGCUGUUUAUACUACUUUGAAUACACCACAGACAAAGAUCCAAUCGGGAUCAUUCCUCUGGAGAACCUUUGCGUCAGAAAGUUACAAGAAUCAAGCAAAAAGUUCUGUCUGGAGUUAUACAACCCUAAAGGACAAAAGAUUAAAGCCUGCAAGACAGAGAACAAAGGCAGAGUGGUGCAGGGUAAACACCAGUCUUAUAAGCUCAGCGCCUCCAGCAUGGAGGAGAGAGACGACUGGAUCGACGCCAUCAGGGCGAGCGUCACCAAGGACCCUUUCCAUGACUUAGUGUCUGCACGCAAGAGGAAGGUCCUCAGUAGUUCUAUGUAGGACUGAAACAGAGGACAUCAUGACAAUGCGAGAUGAGUUGUGAAUAAAAUUACUGUUAAGACAAAAAAAGAUUUAGUAGAAAUGUACAUAUUGGGAAGUGAUGCUUCAAGCAUUUCAAAAUGGACUAUUUGUGGCUUGCAGUGUGAACUCUUUAUAUCACUUCUGCAAACUACAUGCUUGGGGUGGGAUGAGAAUCUGGAGUGUUUUAUUGAGUUUGUCAAUCAAGUGCAGAGCCAAGAGGUCUUUAGACCUUUAAAUGAGGUGACUUAAGUGGUAGAUGAUGCUUAAGAGUCUUUCAAAUACAGCCAAAAUUAUUUUAAAAAAAUCCCCUGAAUUUGAAGAAUAGAAGAAAAAUUAUUUUAAGAGAUGAACCCAAGGCAACUUCAGAAACAAAAAUCCAGUUUGUAAAACAACCAGAAAGCCUUACAAAAUGCAGAAUAUAGAUAAUUAAAGAAGACAAAAAAAAUAAUUAAAUAACUGAAAAAUCAGCAACAACCAUGAAAAUAUGUUAAAUGAAGGAUGUGAAAAGCACAAAUAACAAUGGCAUGUGCAGAUGCAAAAUGUUUAAGAAAAACAAAAAGAAAAAAGAAAAAAGAAAAAACUGAAAACAACAAAUUAUCAGGAAAAUAUGCCUCUAAUAUUUUUGUGUUCGAAGCUCGUUGUCUGUACAUGGUCGAUAAGGAACUCUGAUGAUUUAUUAUUUCAUAUUUGAAUAUCUAAAUAUGUUUAUUUAAACCUGUGGUUUAAAAUUUUAACUCAAAUCUUACUGGUUAAAUCAGUCGAAGGAGAAUAUGUAGCAUUUAUUCAGUUUCAGUCUCCAUGUAAAUAUUAUGUGAUAUAUGUGGUGAAAUUAUAUCAAUUUUAAAAUCUUUGAAAAAAAAUAUUUAGCCUUUAACUUAUGAAUCUUUGAAAUUGUACCAUAUAUUUUAUUUGUCUAUAUUUGUUAAAUUAAUGACUAUAAUAAUGAAUGUUAUGAACUUGUUCAAUAAACUUUUUUUUCUGAA